AUUCCUGUCCCCCAACAUUAGACAGAGGGAGAGAGUAAGGGGGAACUUUGUUUCCGUUUACAAUUCCCAGAUUCCAAAUUCUAUUCUAUUUUAUUAUCCGGGAAUACGGUCUACAACAUGGCUGAAAAUCAGGAAGAAAUGCGUGAAUUGGACACCGAGAGCUUGGACAGCCUGCGAGCUCCGGUUGUGGUUGAAGAUCCUAGUUUUCUGCGUAUCGCGGUUAUAGCUGAGGCCGAGGUGACCCUAGGAUUUCUAUUGGCCGGCAUUGGCUACCAUAGCGAUAAAUUCCGCAACUACAUGAAUGUGGAUAGUGAAACACCGCAAGAGGAGCUGGAGAGGUUCUUCAAUGCCGUCUAUCACAAGUCCAACAUGGGCCUCAUCAUUCUCGACUAUGAUGCCGCCAAGCGACUGCGCUCGGUGAUGGCCAACUGUACCCAGUUGCUGCCCGUGGUAAUGACGGUGCCCAACAAAGACUCUCUAAUGGCCUAUCUGGAUAGCAAAGAACGUAAGAGGCGAAUACGCGCGCGGGAGUCAUAUUAAAAUCUAGACUGGAAUCACCAA